AUGUCUACACACAGCAAGAACAAGACGCUGCUCUUCUUUUUCUUCUUUUUCCUCCACAAACUUCCCUCCGGAUUUGGAGCUCUACAGGUUGGUUUCUAUGGCUCUUCCUGUCCAAAAGCAGAGUCCAUUAUACAGCAAGUGGUGCAUCGCCGUAUCAGUGACGACAGGUCCCUAGCCGCAUCUCUGCUUCGCCUGCAAUUCCAUGACUGUUUCGUUCACGGAUGCGAUGCCUCGCUUCUGAUAGGAACCGGGAACGAGCAUGGAUUAAAGAAACCAGAGAAAGGCGCGUUUGAUAGCCUCUUCCUUCGAGGAUUUGAAGUAAUCGACGAGAUCAAAGAAAGCCUGGAAGCCGAAUGCCCUUCUACGGUUUCUUGUGCCGAUAUCAUAGCACUUGUGGCCAGAGAUGCGGUGGGUGUUGCCGGAGGACCCAAAUACGAGGUUCUUACAGGGAGGCGCGAUGGCCUUGUUUCAAAUGCCGGCGACGUUAAAUUACCACAGCCUGAUUUUUCAACGAAGCAAGCUCUUGAUUCUUUCAUCAGUGUUGGUUUAACAUCAUCUGACAUGGUUACCCUUUUGGGUGCUCAUACCCUUGGUGUUGCCCAUUGUGGUUUCAUCGACCCUAGGCUCGAACCAAGUUCUGAUGGGAAUCAAUCUUCUGAUCACCCUCCGAUGGAUCCAUUGUUGAAAGCCAAGCUGGCCAAGUAUUGUUCUGAGGAUGAAAAUCGCCGUGUGUUUAUGGACCUAGGUUCACCCUUUGUUUUUGACAAUUCAUUCUAUAAGCAGCUUCUUCUGAGAAGGGGCAUAUUGGAACUGGAUGAACGCCUCGCUUUUGAUAAUUCCACAAGAGUUCUUGUUUCCAGGUAUGCGGCAGACAACGGGGCAUUUCUGCGGGGCUUUGCGAGAGCCAUGGUCAAGAUGGGAAGCAUUCAAGUUCUUGUUGGAGAGGAAGGGGAGAUUCGAAAGAAUUGUGGGGCUUUUAAUAAUCCCGAGUAG